AUGAAAUUUUUAUCAGAAUUUCAUCAACUUUUCAUUUUUUUGCAAAUUUGAAAGUAUACAGAUGGGCUCUAAGCCACUCGGCUAUUUAUACACAGUUGCCAAUAUGGACUGGAGAUGGCGAAGAUGCAGUAAAAUGGAACUUUCAAGCGAACAAUUCUGAUUAUCCUUCAGCCACAAGCUUUGAUUCAUGACAGCUCUACCUUGAGCCAAAAGAGUACUGCUGGAGAAAAGAGAUCAUCAGUGGUGUAGAUACAUAUUCCUGAGCUGAUGGCUUCUACAAUCACGGACGAUACUGAUACGAGCUCUGAGGAGACGGAAUCAUGCAUACAGACCCUCAAGUAUAUGGAUGCGAUGAUGGCAACACAAUCAAUGGAGAUGGCUGAUCAGAGUUGUGCCGAGUCGAGCAAGACUUUACCUGAAAUGCUUCUCAUUUGGGAAUUAGCACCUGAACCGAGGAAGUAGUAAUCCCCUGAGGCAAUGGAAUCAAAGAAGAAAGUGAAGAUGAAGAAUGUGACGAUGGGAAUUCUAGUAGCGGUGACGGUUGAGAUAGUGAAUGAGCAAUUGAGCCUGGUAAUAGUUGUUUUGGACUUGAUGGGGAAAUUAGUCGAUGUUUCCCAUUUUGUGGUAAUGGAAUACAUGAUACUGACGAAACCUGUGACGAUAUGAACUCAAUGGAUUAUGAUGGAUGUGACAACUCUUGACAGAUUGAAUCUAACUUCGUCUGAACCUAUAACCCAACUUUUUCUAGAGAUAUAUGAGUUUCUAAAUAUUUUCCUGCUAUAGUUUCUAAGAAUACUCAUCAAGUUGCCUCUUCUGAGCUGAUCUAUACUUUUAAUGACUCGAUGAUUCAGUACAACUUUACUGGGGAGGAAGUAUCACUUAUAGUAUCCUCACCCAUUUCAGAUCAUGAGGUGGCUUGGACUACAUCUUUUGCUUCAAAGACUCAACUCAAGAUUAAAUAUACUAUGACUCCUGUGAUAUUAGGUGGAAAUGGGGAAACUUUGACUGUAACAUUCCAAGAUGUUAGUGCAUUUUCCACAGAAAAUAAAAUUGCUCUCUCUAACACAAUGGAGUUCAAAUAUGAAUUUGAUGUUAUGCCUGCCUCAGCCACAACAGAGUCAGCUGGCUCCGGAGCUACUUUUAUGUUCUUGCUGACUUUUGGAUUUUCUCUUGGUAUCAGUGUAGUCACUGGGUCUUCAAUGGAGCUAAUGUGGAGUCUAGCUAACACUCUCCAAAUACUGUUUAUUCUUGGAUUGCUCAGGCUUCACUACCCAUCAAACUUGAAAGCAGUGUACUCUUACAUGAAGUACUCAAACUUUGAUAACCCUAUAACUCAGUGGCUAUCUGAAGUAUCUGUCGGGAGCAUCAACAUAAUCUCAUCUCCUAUCAAUGAAGACUUUUCUUCUCUCGGAUUUGGAUCAUCUAAUAUUAUUGUGAACUCUCUUGAUAAAAUCUUCAUGAUAUUCAUGAUGGGAAUAAUGAUUCUAGUAGUGUAUUUGUUAUUCAAAUGUGUAAAAACUAAGAAGAACUGGAUUGCCAAGAAAAUUAUCAAGAUUGAUCGUUCUUUAAGAUAUGAAUCUUCCUCUAGGUUCAUUAUUGAGCUAUCUAUGAAUCUAACAAUUUCGAUAUCUAUCAACAUAUUCUACGGGCGGGUUGACAGUAUUUUUGAGAUUCUUUCAUUUGUCCUUGCAGUAAUAUUAUUCAUUCUAUUGAUAAUUGUAUUUAUCUACGCCACAAUCUGGCCGAUCAAAAACUUUGAUAAAAUCAAGACCCAUCCUGAUCACCUUGAGAGGCAUUGUUUCUUGUUUUUGGAGUUCAACACUCAUCAUAAAAAAUGAGUGCUGUUCUACUCUUACUUUACUUUGAGAAGGAUCAUGAUUGCUUUGGUUGUGAUCGGACUUCAGAACUUUGCUAGAGUUCAACUGGUGUGCCUAAUUCUGUUGUUUUACUGGAUAGCUAAGUACCAGAUCAUCUACAAGCCUUACAAAUUGCAAGUCAACAACUUCUUGAAUGCAGUCAAUGAAGUUUUUCUGGUUAUGUAUUGAGUAAUUUUAUUCAACUUUAUGAGUCCUGGUGAUUCUGGCAAUCUGACUCUGUAUGGUUUCGUUUGUAUUGGCAUGAUAGGAAUAUUCUUCAUUCUAAACUGGUGCACAAUCUUCCCUUUAAAGAUUAUCAACAUAGUAAAAAGAUGAAAGAAGAAAUGAAGGAAGAAGACUGAAGAAGAAACCGAAAGAGAGAGACAAAUGAAAAUCUUCAAAUCAAUAAUCGAAUCCCGCCGUAUCGCUUCCCAAAACAUCAUCAGCACUCUUCGCCCUCCUUCCCUCCCAACACCUCCUUCCCAACUACCCCGUCCAUCCCAACCCCCUCAAAAUCACGAAGAAAUCAGAGUAUACAAGCUAAACCCCCGUAACAAACCAGAAACCCUUCCAUUCAACCCCACCUAA